AUGCGCUCGUACAACCAGGAGCUACGUACUCGCAUCCAGGGUGUGGUGAGUGGCGAGUGCUACCAACUGCUUCUGUCGGUGCUCGACGCAGCAGAGACGGAGUUCAGUACGUCUGCAUCUGGACCCGUAUGUGGUUCAGCCAGUGCUACUGUGGACGAUGCUGUAAGCGGUGACGCCAUCGGCACGAGCGCGUCAGUGGAGAAGAAGGCGGGCAUCUCGUCAAGUGCUACUGUGAGCACGAGCUCGAAGGAGAGUGCGGUUGCCGGCUCAAAGACGGCGACGUCUACCGUGAGCGGCGAGAAGAGCACUACUGAACUAGCAGUUGCGGGCACGACAGCGAUGAGCAGUCUGUACGUGCGCUAUGCACAUGAGAGCAGCAGCAUUGAGUCAAUGACGUUCCCUGCCGAGAUCGAUGCGGCUGUGCAAGAGAUCCACCGCGAGUGCUCUAGUACGACUUCGGCUGAGACUGCCCUGGCAUCUCUGCUGCUGUCAAAGACCGUGGAGCAUCGCUACCUGAUCUGGUGGCGCUACCGCAUUCUGUACAAGCAGAGCUUGACGGUGUGGGUGAAGAGCACGAGCGACUAUGGCGUCUUGCUGAAGAUGCUUGCGAGUCCCUUGGAGCACGUGGAAGCCGAGAUCUUGCGUAAGGCGACGGUGGGCCUCGGUACGAAAGAAGAAUGGAUCUACCCGGUCGUGAUGGCCCGCUCGAAUGCUGAGAUUGCGCUAUUGAAGAUUGCGUUCCGGGAGAAGUACGGCGACGACCUGGUAACGGUGUUGAGUGGUGAACUGAGUGGUGAUCUGAAGAAGGUGAUCCUUACCGCUGUGCGCGGCGAGGUGGCCAACUUCGAUGCGUCUGUGCACACGAAUGCAAAAGCUCGUGCAGAUGCUGACGCGCUGUACAAGGCCGGCGAAGGAAAACAUGGCGCGGAUAAGAAGACGUUCAUCGACACUCUGGUGCUGAGCCCCGCGGAGCACGUGCGUGGCAUCAGUAGUGCGUACGAGGCGAAGUACAAGACAAGUCUUGUGGGUGUGAUCGAGGCGGAAUUCUCCGGCGACGCGAAGCGUGCGCUGCUGUUCCUGGUGCGAUCGGUGCUGGAACCAGUGAGCCUGCUUGUAGAGCUGUUUGAGACGACGCUGAAGGGGGGUAGCAAGAACGUAUAUGGCCUGAGCGCGUGUGUGGUGCGGUACUACCGCCACCUUGUGCACAUUCGCACAACGUACAUGCGCUCGUACAACCAGGAGCUACGUACUCGCAUCCAGGGUGUGGUGAGUGGCGAGUGCUACCAACUGCUUCUGUCGGUGCUCGACGCAGCAGAGACGGAGUUCAGUACGUCUGCAUCUGGACCCGUAUGUGGUUCAGCCAGUGCUACUGUGGACGAUGCUGUAAGCGGUGACGCCAUCGGCACGAGCGCGUCAGUGGAGAAGAAGGCGGGCAUCUCGUCAAGUGCUACUGUGAGCACGAGCUCGAAGGAGAGUGCGGUUGCCGGCUCAAAGACGGCGACGUCUACCGUGAGCGGCGAGAAGAGCACUACUGAACUAGCAGUUGCGGGCACGACAGCGAUGAGCAGUCUGUACGUGCGCUAUGCACAUGAGAGCAGCAGCAUUGAGUCAAUGACGUUCCCUGCCGAGAUCGAUGCGGCUGUGCAAGAGAUCCACCGCGAGUGCUCUAGUACGACUUCGGCUGAGACUGCCCUGGCAUCUCUGCUGCUGUCAAAGACCGUGGAGCAUCGCUACCUGAUCUGGUGGCGCUACCGCAUUCUGUACAAGCAGAGCUUGACGGUGUGGGUGAAGAGCACGAGCGACUAUGGCGUCUUGCUGAAGAUGCUUGCGAGUCCCUUGGAGCACGUGGAAGCCGAGAUCUUGCGUAAGGCGACGGUGGGCCUCGGUACGAAAGAAGAAUGGAUCUACCCGGUCGUGAUGGCCCGCUCGAAUGCUGAGAUUGCGCUAUUGAAGAUUGCGUUCCGGGAGAAGUACGGCGACGACCUGGUAACGGUGUUGAGUGGUGAACUGAGUGGUGAUCUGAAGAAGGUGAUCCUUACCGCUGUGCGCGGCGAGGUGGCCAACUUCGAUGCGUCUGUGCACACGAAUGCAAAAGCUAGUGCAGAUGCUGACGCGCUGUACAAGGCCGGCGAAGGAAAACAUGGCGCGGAUAAGAAGACGUUCAUCGACACUCUGGUGCUGAGCCCCGCGGAGCACGUGCGUGGCAUCAGUAGUGCGUACGAGGCGAAGUACAAGACAAGUCUUGUGGGUGUGAUCGAGGCGGAAUUCUCCGGCGACGCGAAGCGUGCGCUGCUGUUCCUGGUGCGAUCGGUGCUGGAACCAGUGAGCCUGCUUGUAGAGCUGUUUGAGACGACGCUGAAGGGGGGUAGCAAGAACGUAUAUGGCCUGAGCGCGUGUGUGGUGCGGUACUACCGCCACCUUGUGCACAUUCGCACAACGUACAUGCGCUCGUACAACCAGGAGCUACGUACUCGCAUCCAGGGUGUGGUGAGUGGCGAGUGCUACCAACUGCUUCUGUCGGUGCUCGACGCAGCAGAGACGGAGUUCAGUACGUCUGCAUCUGGACCCGUAUGUGGUUCAGCCAGUGCUACUGUGGACGAUGCUGUAAGCGGUGACGCCAUCGGCACGAGCGCGUCAGUGGAGAAGAAGGCGGGCAUCUCGUCAAGUGCUACUGUGAGCACGAGCUCGAAGGAGAGUGCGGUUGCCGGCUCAAAGACGGCGACGUCUACCGUGAGCGGCGAGAAGAGCACUACUGAACUAGCAGUUGCGGGCACGACAGCGAUGAGCAGUCUGUACGUGCGCUAUGCACAUGAGAGCAGCAGCAUUGAGUCAAUGACGUUCCCUGCCGAGAUCGAUGCGGCUGUGCAAGAGAUCCACCGCGAGUGCUCUAGUACGACUUCGGCUGAGACUGCCCUGGCAUCUCUGCUGCUGUCAAAGACCGUGGAGCAUCGCUACCUGAUCUGGUGGCGCUACCGCAUUCUGUACAAGCAGAGCUUGACGGUGUGGGUGAAGAGCACGAGCGACUAUGGCGUCUUGCUGAAGAUGCUUGCGAGUCCCUUGGAGCACGUGGAAGCCGAGAUCUUGCGUAAGGCGACGGUGGGCCUCGGUACGAAAGAAGAAUGGAUCUACCCGGUCGUGAUGGCCCGCUCGAAUGCUGAGAUUGCGCUAUUGAAGAUUGCGUUCCGGGAGAAGUACGGCGACGACCUGGUAACGGUGUUGAGUGGUGAACUGAGUGGUGAUCUGAAGAAGGUGAUCCUUACCGCUGUGCGCGGCGAGGUGGCCAACUUCGAUGCGUCUGUGCACACGAAUGCAAAAGCUCGUGCAGAUGCUGACGCGCUGUACAAGGCCGGCGAAGGAAAACAUGGCGCGGAUAAGAAGACGUUCAUCGACACUCUGGUGCUGAGCCCCGCGGAGCACGUGCGUGGCAUCAGUAGUGCGUACGAGGCGAAGUACAAGACAAGUCUUGUGGGUGUGAUCGAGGCGGAAUUCUCCGGCGACGCGAAGCGUGCGCUGCUGUUCCUGGUGCGAUCGGUGCUGGAACCAGUGAGCCUGCUUGUAGAGCUGUUUGAGACGACGCUGAAGGGGGGUAGCAAGAACGUAUAUGGCCUGAGCGCGUGUGUGGUGCGGUACUACCGCCACCUUGUGCACAUUCGCACAACGUACAUGCGCUCGUACAACCAGGAGCUACGUACUCGCAUCCAGGGUGUGGUGAGUGGCGAGUGCUACCAACUGCUUCUGUCGGUGCUCGACGCAGCAGAGACGGAGUUCAGUACGUCUGCAUCUGGACCCGUAUGUGGUUCAGCCAGUGCUACUGUGGACGAUGCUGUAAGCGGUGACGCCAUCGGCACGAGCGCGUCAGUGGAGAAGAAGGCGGGCAUCUCGUCAAGUGCUACUGUGAGCACGAGCUCGAAGGAGAGUGCGGUUGCCGGCUCAAAGACGGCGACGUCUACCGUGAGCGGCGAGAAGAGCACUACUGAACUAGCAGUUGCGGGCACGACAGCGAUGAGCAGUCUGUACGUGCGCUAUGCACAUGAGAGCAGCAGCAUUGAGUCAAUGACGUUCCCUGCCGAGAUCGAUGCGGCUGUGCAAGAGAUCCACCGCGAGUGCUCUAGUACGACUUCGGCUGAGACUGCCCUGGCAUCUCUGCUGCUGUCAAAGACCGUGGAGCAUCGCUACCUGAUCUGGUGGCGCUACCGCAUUCUGUACAAGCAGAGCUUGACGGUGUGGGUGAAGAGCACGAGCGACUAUGGCGUCUUGCUGAAGAUGCUUGCGAGUCCCUUGGAGCACGUGGAAGCCGAGAUCUUGCGUAAGGCGACGGUGGGCCUCGGUACGAAAGAAGAAUGGAUCUACCCGGUCGUGAUGGCCCGCUCGAAUGCUGAGAUUGCGCUAUUGAAGAUUGCGUUCCGGGAGAAGUACGGCGACGACCUGGUAACGGUGUUGAGUGGUGAACUGAGUGGUGAUCUGAAGAAGGUGAUCCUUACCGCUGUGCGCGGCGAGGUGGCCAACUUCGAUGCGUCUGUGCACACGAAUGCAAAAGCUAGUGCAGAUGCUGACGCGCUGUACAAGGCCGGCGAAGGAAAACAUGGCGCGGAUAAGAAGACGUUCAUCGACACUCUGGUGCUGAGCCCCGCGGAGCACGUGCGUGGCAUCAGUAGUGCGUACGAGGCGAAGUACAAGACAAGUCUUGUGGGUGUGAUCGAGGCGGAAUUCUCCGGCGACGCGAAGCGUGCGCUGCUGUUCCUGGUGCGAUCGGUGCUGGAACCAGUGAGCCUGCUUGUAGAGCUGUUUGAGACGACGCUGAAGGGGGGUAGCAAGAACGUAUAUGGCCUGAGCGCGUGUGUGGUGCGGUACUACCGCCACCUUGUGCACAUUCGCACAACGUACAUGCGCUCGUACAACCAGGAGCUACGUACUCGCAUCCAGGGUGUGGUGAGUGGCGAGUGCUACCAACUGCUUCUGUCGGUGCUCGACGCAGCAGAGACGGAGUUCAGUACGUCUGCAUCUGGACCCGUAUGUGGUUCAGCCAGUGCUACUGUGGACGAUGCUGUAAGCGGUGACGCCAUCGGCACGAGCGCGUCAGUGGAGAAGAAGGCGGGCAUCUCGUCAAGUGCUACUGUGAGCACGAGCUCGAAGGAGAGUGCGGUUGCCGGCUCAAAGACGGCGACGUCUACCGUGAGCGGCGAGAAGAGCACUACUGAACUAGCAGUUGCGGGCACGACAGCGAUGAGCAGUCUGUACGUGCGCUAUGCACAUGAGAGCAGCAGCAUUGAGUCAAUGACGUUCCCUGCCGAGAUCGAUGCGGCUGUGCAAGAGAUCCACCGCGAGUGCUCUAGUACGACUUCGGCUGAGACUGCCCUGGCAUCUCUGCUGCUGUCAAAGACCGUGGAGCAUCGCUACCUGAUCUGGUGGCGCUACCGCAUUCUGUACAAGCAGAGCUUGACGGUGUGGGUGAAGAGCACGAGCGACUAUGGCGUCUUGCUGAAGAUGCUUGCGAGUCCCUUGGAGCACGUGGAAGCCGAGAUCUUGCGUAAGGCGACGGUGGGCCUCGGUACGAAAGAAGAAUGGAUCUACCCGGUCGUGAUGGCCCGCUCGAAUGCUGAGAUUGCGCUAUUGAAGAUUGCGUUCCGGGAGAAGUACGGCGACGACCUGGUAACGGUGUUGAGUGGUGAACUGAGUGGUGAUCUGAAGAAGGUGAUCCUUACCGCUGUGCGCGGCGAGGUGGCCAACUUCGAUGCGUCUGUGCACACGAAUGCAAAAGCUCGUGCAGAUGCUGACGCGCUGUACAAGGCCGGCGAAGGAAAACAUGGCGCGGAUAAGAAGACGUUCAUCGACACUCUGGUGCUGAGCCCCGCGGAGCACGUGCGUGGCAUCAGUAGUGCGUACGAGGCGAAGUACAAGACAAGUCUUGUGGGUGUGAUCGAGGCGGAAUUCUCCGGCGACGCGAAGCGUGCGCUGCUGUUCCUGGUGCGAUCGGUGCUGGAACCAGUGAGCCUGCUUGUAGAGCUGUUUGAGACGACGCUGAAGGGGGGUAGCAAGAACGUAUAUGGCCUGAGCGCGUGUGUGGUGCGGUACUACCGCCACCUUGUGCACAUUCGCACAACGUACAUGCGCUCGUACAACCAGGAGCUACGUACUCGCAUCCAGGGUGUGGUGAGUGGCGAGUGCUACCAACUGCUUCUGUCGGUGCUCGACGCAGCAGAGACGGAGUUCAGUACGUCUGCAUCUGGACCCGUAUGUGGUUCAGCCAGUGCUACUGUGGACGAUGCUGUAAGCGGUGACGCCAUCGGCACGAGCGCGUCAGUGGAGAAGAAGGCGGGCAUCUCGUCAAGUGCUACUGUGAGCACGAGCUCGAAGGAGAGUGCGGUUGCCGGCUCAAAGACGGCGACGUCUACCGUGAGCGGCGAGAAGAGCACUACUGAACUAGCAGUUGCGGGCACGACAGCGAUGAGCAGUCUGUACGUGCGCUAUGCACAUGAGAGCAGCAGCAUUGAGUCAAUGACGUUCCCUGCCGAGAUCGAUGCGGCUGUGCAAGAGAUCCACCGCGAGUGCUCUAGUACGACUUCGGCUGAGACUGCCCUGGCAUCUCUGCUGCUGUCAAAGACCGUGGAGCAUCGCUACCUGAUCUGGUGGCGCUACCGCAUUCUGUACAAGCAGAGCUUGACGGUGUGGGUGAAGAGCACGAGCGACUAUGGCGUCUUGCUGAAGAUGCUUGCGAGUCCCUUGGAGCACGUGGAAGCCGAGAUCUUGCGUAAGGCGACGGUGGGCCUCGGUACGAAAGAAGAAUGGAUCUACCCGGUCGUGAUGGCCCGCUCGAAUGCUGAGAUUGCGCUAUUGAAGAUUGCGUUCCGGGAGAAGUACGGCGACGACCUGGUAACGGUGUUGAGUGGUGAACUGAGUGGUGAUCUGAAGAAGGUGAUCCUUACCGCUGUGCGCGGCGAGGUGGCCAACUUCGAUGCGUCUGUGCACACGAAUGCAAAAGCUAGUGCAGAUGCUGACGCGCUGUACAAGGCCGGCGAAGGAAAACAUGGCGCGGAUAAGAAGACGUUCAUCGACACUCUGGUGCUGAGCCCCGCGGAGCACGUGCGUGGCAUCAGUAGUGCGUACGAGGCGAAGUACAAGACAAGUCUUGUGGGUGUGAUCGAGGCGGAAUUCUCCGGCGACGCGAAGCGUGCGCUGCUGUUCCUGGUGCGAUCGGUGCUGGAACCAGUGAGCCUGCUUGUAGAGCUGUUUGAGACGACGCUGAAGGGGGGUAGCAAGAACGUAUAUGGCCUGAGCGCGUGUGUGGUGCGGUACUACCGCCACCUUGUGCACAUUCGCACAACGUACAUGCGCUCGUACAACCAGGAGCUACGUACUCGCAUCCAGGGUGUGGUGAGUGGCGAGUGCUACCAACUGCUUCUGUCGGUGCUCGACGCAGCAGAGACGGAGUUCAGUACGUCUGCAUCUGGACCCGUAUGUGGUUCAGCCAGUGCUACUGUGGACGAUGCUGUAAGCGGUGACGCCAUCGGCACGAGCGCGUCAGUGGAGAAGAAGGCGGGCAUCUCGUCAAGUGCUACUGUGAGCACGAGCUCGAAGGAGAGUGCGGUUGCCGGCUCAAAGACGGCGACGUCUACCGUGAGCGGCGAGAAGAGCACUACUGAACUAGCAGUUGCGGGCACGACAGCGAUGAGCAGUCUGUACGUGCGCUAUGCACAUGAGAGCAGCAGCAUUGAGUCAAUGACGUUCCCUGCCGAGAUCGAUGCGGCUGUGCGAGAGAUCCACCGCGAGUGCUCUAGUACGACUUCGGCUGAGACUGCCCUGGCAUCUCUGCUGCUGUCAAAGACCGUGGAGCAUCGCUACCUGAUCUGGUGGCGCUACCGCAUUCUGUACAAGCAGAGCUUGACGGUGUGGGUGAAGAGCACGAGCGACUAUGGCGUCUUGCUGAAGAUGCUUGCGAGUCCCUUGGAGCACGUGGAAGCCGAGAUCUUGCGUAAGGCGACGGUGGGCCUCGGUACGAAAAAAGAACGGAUCUACCCGGUCGUGAUGGCCCGCUCGAAUGCUGAGAUUGCGCUAUUGAAGAUUGCGUUCCGGGAGAAGUACGGCGACGACCUGGUAACGGUGUUGAGUGGUGAACUGAGUGGUGAUCUGAAGAAGGUGAUCCUUACCGCUGUGCGCGGCGAGGUGGCCAACUUCGAUGCGUCUGUGCACACGAAUGCAAAAGCUAGUGCAGAUGCUGACGCGCUGUACAAGGCCGGCGAAGGAAAACAUGGCGCGGAUAAGAAGACGUUCAUCGACACUCUGGUGCUGAGCCCCGCGGAGCACGUGCGUGGCAUCAGUAGUGCGUACGAGGCGAAGUACAAGACAAGUCUUGUGGGUGUGAUCGAGGCGGAAUUCUCCGGCGACGCGAAGCGUGCGCUGCUGUUCCUGGUGCGAUCGGUGCUGGAACCAGUGAGCCUGCUUGUAGAGCUGUUUGAGACGACGCUGAAGGGGGGUAGCAAGAACGUAUAUGGCCUGAGCGCGUGUGUGGUGCGGUACUACCGCCACCUUGUGCACAUUCGCACAACGUACAUGCGCUCGUACAACCAGGAGCUACGUACUCGCAUCCAGGGUGUGGUGAGUGGCGAGUGCUACCAACUGCUUCUGUCGGUGCUCGACGCAGCAGAGACGGAGUUCAGUACGUCUGCAUCUGGACCCGUAUGUGGUUCAGCCAGUGCUACUGUGGACGAUGCUGUAAGCGGUGACGCCAUCGGCACGAGCGCGUCAGUGGAGAAGAAGGCGGGCAUCUCGUCAAGUGCUACUGUGAGCACGAGCUCGAAGGAGAGUGCGGUUGCCGGCUCAAAGACGGCGACGUCUACCGUGAGCGGCGAGAAGAGCACUACUGAACUAGCAGUUGCGGGCACGACAGCGAUGAGCAGUCUGUACGUGCGCUAUGCACAUGAGAGCAGCAGCAUUGAGUCAAUGACGUUCCCUGCCGAGAUCGAUGCGGCUGUGCAAGAGAUCCACCGCGAGUGCUCUAGUACGACUUCGGCUGAGACUGCCCUGGCAUCUCUGCUGCUGUCAAAGACCGUGGAGCAUCGCUACCUGAUCUGGUGGCGCUACCGCAUUCUGUACAAGCAGAGCUUGACGGUGUGGGUGAAGAGCACGAGCGACUAUGGCGUCUUGCUGAAGAUGCUUGCGAGUCCCUUGGAGCACGUGGAAGCCGAGAUCUUGCGUAAGGCGACGGUGGGCCUCGGUACGAAAAAAGAACGGAUCUACCCGGUCGUGAUGGCCCGCUCGAAUGCUGAGAUUGCGCUAUUGAAGAUUGCGUUCCGGGAGAAGUACGGCGACGACCUGGUAACGGUGUUGAGUGGUGAACUGAGUGGUGAUCUGAAGAAGGUGAUCCUUACCGCUGUGCGCGGCGAGGUGGCCAACUUCGAUGCGUCUGUGCACACGAAUGCAAAAGCUAGUGCGGAUGCUGACGCGCUGUACAAGGCUGGCGAAGGGAAGCGUGGUACGGAUUCAAAGACGUUCAUCGACACUCUGGUGCUGAGCCCCGCGGAGCACGUGCGUGCGAUUGUCGCUGCGUACUCGGACAAGUAUCAGAAGAGUAGUGUUGUGAAGGCGAUCAAGGGCGAGUUUAGAGGGGACGUUCAAGUGGCGCUACUAUUCUUUGUGCGGAUGGCGACCGAGCCGUCUGAGGUGGUGGCAGACCUAAUCGAGAGCACGAUGAAGGGGUUUGGCACGGACGAAUACGGGCUUAGUGCGGCAGUGGUGCGCUACAGUUCAAUGCUGCCACAGAUCAAGACGGCUUACAAGAAGCAGUACGGCAAGGAGCUGAGUGCACGCAUCCGCAGCGACACGAGUGGUAAAUACCGCGACUUGCUGGUGGCCAUCGUGAACAAGGAGGAGUAG